GUUCUGCUCAGAUCGGAGCAGUUCCCUCUAGUGAGUGCCGUAAACUGCUUGGCCCUGAGGCUCACGGAAGAGGUGGCCAUGGAGGAGGCGGCCAUGGAGGAGGCUGAGGAGUUGGGGCCGGAGGGAGCCACCGGGAGAUUGGACAAGGAACAGGAAUCGCUGUUGCCGAAAGCCUGCUGGGUCUCCCAGGGCAGUGCCGUGAGGGUCUUCCAGGGACCGGAGGGAGAAGACAACAGCGGAGGUGGAGAACCUCCAGGGGACGAAGAGCCAGUGUCUGACACGGUCAAGCCGGAAGAGUUGGUCAGGCUCCAGCCAGUGGUCAGGGAAGAAGAUUCCAGCAUCAGCCAGCGCUACCUCUCUUCUUUAAGCGGAGGUAGCACAGAGUGGAGCUCAAGCACCGAGGAUUCCGAAUUUUCUCAUCUAAUACAGAGAGCUCUACGAGCAAUCGACGGUGGCGUUCUCCCAGAAAGAAUCCCUCAGGGUUCAAGUGGAAGUUAUUUUGUCAAGAGUCUCGAAGGGAAAAUUAUUGGUGUCUUUAAGCCAAAAUCUGAAGAGCCUUAUAGUCAUCUAAAUCCCAAAUGGCCCAAACAGUUUCAAAAGCUCUGCUGCCCUUGCUGUUUUGGCAGAGGUUGCCUUGUUCCUAAUCAGGGAUACCUCUCUGAAGCUGGUGCCUAUCUUGUAGAUAAAAAACUCCGUCUGGGAAUUGUACCUAAAACAAAGGUGGUCUACCUGGUGAGUGCAACAUUUAACUACAGUACAAUAGACCGUGCAAAAUUCAGAGGCAAAAAAUAUGCUCUAGAAAAAAUCCCAAGAGUGGGCAAAAAAUUCCAUCGAAUCAAACUGCCUCCCAAGGUGGGCUCCUUUCAGAUGUUUGUUGAAGGUUAUAAGCAAGCUGAUUAUUGGCUCAGGAAAUUUGAAGCUGAUCCUUUACCUGAGAAUAUUAGAAAACAGCUUCAGUCACAGUUUGAGAGAUUAGUUGCCUUGGAUUACAUCAUUAGAAAUACUGAUAGGGGAAAUGAUAAUUGGUUAGUCUGCUACGCAGACCAGAGUUCUGAGAGUAAAAUUUCCUUUCAGGAAACAGAGUCAGUUUCUAGUCAAGAACCUCUUAUUAAAAUUGCUGCAAUUGAUAAUGGUCUAGCAUUUCCUUUUAAACAUCCUGAUGAAUGGAGAGCAUAUCCUUUUCAUUGGGCCUGGCUCCCUCAAGCAAAAGUUCCUUUUUCUGAAGAAACUAAAUCAUUAAUUCUCCCACGUGUCUCUGAUAUGAAUUUCGUCCAAGAUUUAUGUGAAGAUCUUUAUGAACUUUUUAAGAUUGAUAAAAGAUUUGACAAGACCAUUUUUGAAAAGCAGAUGUCUGUAAUGAGAGGCCAAAUUUUAAACCUUACUCAAGCAUUAAAAGAUGGAAAGAGUCCUCUUCAGCUAGUACAAAUGCUGUGUAUGGUUGUAGAAAAAAGGAAGUCUGGAAAUCAAAGCCGGUUUCUCCGUCUGAACAAUUCAUUCACACAGACUGUCCAUUUCAGGAAGCCUUUCUUUUCUUCCUGGUAGUUGAUAUAAGAUGAAGAACACUAAACUCUCUUGCCUUUAAUUAGUAAUGUUAAGUAAAAUAUUUUGCAAUAAUAGAAA